UUAUCAAAGUGAGUCAGCAUGGUUUUGUCAAGGGUAGGUCGUGCCGACCUAAUUUAGUUGAAUUUUAUGAGUAAGUCACUAAAGUAGUCGAUAAGAGAGUGUCGAUGGAUAUCGUUUACAAGGAGGUUCAGAAGCCAUUUUUUAAGGUUCCACACAAAAGAUUAUUAGAAAAAGUCGAAGCGUCCGGAAUCGGAGGUAACCUUGUGAUGUGGUUUCGCAAUUGGUUGGGAGGCAGAAAACUAAGGAUAAGGGAACGUUCUCUGAUUGCGGGGACGUGACACGUGGUGUCCCCAAGGGAUAUGUUCUGGUACCACAGCUUUUUGCACAAAUAUAAAUGACUUGAAUAAAGAAAUAGAAAGUUUUGUAUCCAAGUUUGGGGAUGACACUAAGAUAGGAGGCUCAGCAAGUAGUGGAGGUGGGAAUAUGAAGUUACAGACUGACUUAGACAGACAAAGUGAGUGGGCAAAGCUAUGGCAGAUGGAGUUCAAUGUAAAGAAGUUGGAGAUCAUACGUUACGCGCAGAUUACUUGCUUAACGGGGAGAAAUUAAGAGCUGUGGAAGAGCAAAAAGAUUUGGGUCUCUAUAUCCACAAAUCUCUAAAACCAAGUACAAAAACUAAUGAAAAAAGCAAAAGGGUAUUUUUGUUGAGAAAUCCCGGUAUCGAGCCGAUUAUUAUCUUCGCUAUAAAACACAAGCUCAUUGGCAGCCUGUAAGACAAGGAGAAAGACAGGGCGAGAGAAACAGACAGAAGAAUGACGGCACUUCAGCGCACAGUCAAAUAUGAUCUGUUUCAGGAGGUGGGUGUGGCCCUCGCGAGGCAAUCUGAAACCCCAAAGCCUCAGGAGGGGGUGAAGUUGACGGCCUAUCACCUCCACCCUGGGGUGUCUGACCCGCUGGUCUCCAGCGCCCGCAAAUCUCUCCCGAACAUCACUGUCUGUGUGCAGACAUGCGAGGGGAAGCAGAGGGCUCUGCAGAUUCCAAUGCAUAUGAGAGUCUACGAGCUGAAGAACGCGAUAUCCCGGGAAAUGGGAAUCCCGGUAGAAUCCCAGAUCCUCUACUGGAAAUCUUCGGAGCUGGAGAAAAUGAAGAAGCUUUGCGACAUUACCAUGAAGGACAGCAUUUGCGUCACGGUGGUGCACAAGUGCCUCGGAGGCUGAUGUGUGGAGACUGCAUCUCUCACUUCCCCAUCCUGUUUGUGCUCGCUUUCUCCACACUGGAGAUUUCUGCUCUAACGCCUCUUCCCGGCUCUCUCUCUCUGCACUUGUGCUCGGUAUCCCGCACUGAACCUGUAUUCUCUAACCCCAUUCCCCAGAUCACUCCGUCUCCCUCUCUGUCAUGGUUUUGCUAAUGAUGCCGAUAAUAGAUUGUGUUUGACACUUUUGCUGUUGGGAGAUUUUCUCGAUGCAUGUUAUGUGCCGUGAUUAACGAUUAAGGAUUAAAUAUGUGAACAUAGAAGAUA